AUGACGGUGAUAUUUGUUUGGCUCGGCAGUGCGGCCGACUACGGAUCGUUUGGUCGUUGGCUUCUGCUGGCACUGACAGUAGUAUGCUGGGCUCUUCAGUAUGGCAUGAUGGCGAUCAGGCACCCUAGUCAAUGGCCAGCGGCUAUGGCGAUGUAUGUAGUGGCAUACAUCGCCUACGGAGCUACUCUGGUUUUCUAUGCAGCUGUGUUUCCCAGGCUUGCUCGAUACAUGCCGCACGUCCGCAAAGCUCGUGAGGAGGAUCUGAAGGAGGGCAAAAUCACUCGGCAGGAGUAUGAUGCAAUUGAAUCCUUGGAGAGAAACCACAUUAGGUAUGGUUCCAUUGCCGAUUCAGAGAGCGAUGCUUAUGAGCGGAAUAGCAAUAUAUCGACUGCCCACAGCAAUAUUGGUUAUUUGUUCACUCUCGCACUGAACUUGAGUGUUUUGCUUCCCCUACAGAACAAUACCUAUUCAAACAAUCUCGCCCUCUGUUUGACAAACUCAUACUGGGUGGUUUUAGGAGUAUGGUGGUUCAUCUUCCAGCAGAAACGGCCAGGCCCUCAGGUCCCAAAGGGUUCGAACUAUGCAACGAUUGGCUUCAAGCAAAUCUGGCUUGCGCUCAGAGAGGUCCGGUCUUUGCCACAGACAUUCCUCUAUUUUAUCGCUUACUUUCUGCUUGCCGAUGGGCUAAACACGACCGGAACCUUGGUUUCCAUCAUCCAGAACGACCACGUAUCCUUCUCUUUUCUCCAGUUAACUUAUCUGGGCAUCACACAGGCUGUAUGCUCAAUCACCUCGACUUUCGGAUUCUGGUAUAUCCAAAAGUACUUCAAAUUUCGAACCAAGACCAUGUUCCUAGUCACAAACCUCUUCAGCGCCCUAAUCCCACUCUGGGGAAUGGUCGGGCUUUGGACACAGCGAAUCGGGUACCAUAACCGAUCCUCCAUCAUCGGUCCCAAUGUGAUCCAGGCCAUUAUCAACAAUACGCAGAAUAACUGGAUGGGGUUCCCGUUCUUAUUUACCAUUUGUGCUGCGGCGAUGAUUACAAUUGCCUUUGUGGAUGUGGAAAAAGGGCGCGCUGAUGCGAGGCGGUUCGCGGAGGCGCGAAAGCUUGCGCGGGUGGCUGCCGAAACGGCCCUGAGCAGAGAUAAAGGCUCAAAGGGCUCGGGUGGUACUGCGACGGGUGUAGAGGGAGCUGGUUCAUCACAGGAGGGAUGA